UAGUUUUUAAAUGGUCAGCCUGAGUUGUUUUCACUUUCCAGUUUUCAGUUUUCUUCUCAAAAGUAGCGGUUCUCCACAAGAAGUGAACAUUCCCCUGCGAAAAUGGGACAGAAGUGCUUGUGAAUCUGAGAAAAACCAUCACUGUCACUAUGGUUGGGUCACCCAUGAGUCCGCAGGAUGCUGCGGCUCAGCUGACUGCAUUCAAGUCAUAUGUACAGCUGAUUGCAGACUCUACUCCUGGCAUUGUGGAGAAAAAACUGAAAGCAGCACAGGAAUUGAGUGAAAACUUUGAGCGGACUGAUAUCAAUGAAAGGUGGUUUAUUACCACUGACAGUGUUGUGGCAUUGCAGCAGUAUCCACAGUUUCUAGCUGAGCUUAUGAAGGUGUUCCUGAAAAUUUUAGAUGAAGGAGAACCACAGUUCAUUGCAGAGCAGAAUAUACAGCAACUGAGAAAACUUUUGCUAGAAAUCAUUCACCGAAUCCCUUGCAACGAUCACCUGAAGAAGUAUGUGCAACAAAUUCUGACUUUGAUGUUCAGAUUGUUAAAGAUUGAAAAUGAAGAUAAUGUGCUUGUCUGCAUUCGUAUCAUCCUUGAGCUACAUAAACAGUACAGACCACAAAUGAACGAGGAGGUACAGAAAAGGAUCACAGAAUUUAUGAAGUUUGUGAAGGGAAUUUACAGUAGUCUUCCCAGCCACUUGCCUCGCAUUUUUGAGCCUCGUUCUCAAAAGAAGGUGAAGGAUCUCUCUGAUAUUAAUGUUGAAGUCUGGCUGCAGGAUAUUUUUACAAUGACAACAGUGUUAACAGACAAGAAGAAUGCAGAAAAUCAGAGUGUACAGUACAACAUCAUCCCCAUGGGCAUCCAGAGCCUGAAGGUGUUGGCGGAGCUACCAAUCAUCGUGGUGCUCAUGUAUCAGAUGUACAAGCAACAGGUGCAGAACGACAUGGUGGAGUUUAUUCCCCUCAUCAUGAACACCAUCACAUUGCAGCCCUCAGCUCAGCACCGGGCUAAUCCUGCCUUCAACAAGGAGGUAUUUGUGGAUUUCAUCGCUGCACAAAUCAAGACUUUGUCCUUUCUGGCAUAUAUCAUCAAAAUAUAUCAGGGGGCUGUAAACAGUCACUCUCAACAGAUGGUCCAAGGUCUUCUGGGCCUCAUGUCCCUGUGCCCGCCUGAGGUCGCUCACCUGCGCAAGGAGCUGCUCAUGGCUGCCCGACACAUCCUCUCCACAGAGCUCCGGAACAAAUUUGUGCCCAUGAUAGAGAAACUGUUUGAUGAAAACAUUCUGAUCCGAUCUGGCUGGACCACUCAUGAAUCUCUCAGGCCGCUGGCAUACAGCACGUUGGCUGACCUAGUUCACCACGUACGGAACAACCUUUCCCUUCAUGAUCUGUCCCUGGCGGUCAAUCUCUUCUCCAAGAAUGUUCAUGACGACUCCCUGCCCAGCAGCAUCCAGACUAUGUCCUGCAAGCUGCUGCUCAAUCUGGUCGACUGCAUCCGGACGAAAAGUGAUCAGGAAAACGGAAAUGGAAGAGAACUACUCCUGAGAAUGUCUGAGGUUUUUGUGUUGAAGUUUAAAACUAUUGCUAAGGUCCAGCUACCCUUGCUCCUGGCUAAAUGCAAACCUUCAAAUGAACCUUCCAAAAUGGCUGAAGCAAAAGCCUUGUGCCCUUCGCCCACAACAGCCCAGGUUGCUCAACAGCUGAUAGCCUCGGGGGAUGGAAAACUUCCGGACUCCAUUAAGGAUGAAAAACUAGUCCAGCUUUUCACAACCAGUGUGGAGGCCAAAGAUAAAGAAGACAAGCCAAUGAUGCGUUUUGGAGCCAUCCCCAAUCACAACAGCCCGUACUCUGUGUCGGAGUGCCGCAGCUUGAUGAAGACCCUCGUCUGUGGCGUGAAGACCAUCACCUGGGGCAUCCUCAACUGCAAAGCUCCGAACUCCAACAUUGGAAGCAGCAAGACACUGAUGCCAAAAGAGAUUCUGGUGUACGUUCGCCUCCUGAAGUAUGCGCUCAAGGCUCUUGACAUUUACACAAUUUGUGUGAACCCCAACGGGGGACUUUAUGUGAGGUCUCAGAGUGUGCAGAGCGUAAAAGUGAAAGAGGAAAAGGAGGCCCUGGAACAUUUUGCUGGGGUGUUCACCAUGCUGACGCCAAUUUCUUUCAAGGAAAUCUUUUCAUCAGUCAUAGAGUACAUGGUUGACAGAAUCCAUGGAAACUUUGCACUGCAGAUUGUUGCAAACUCAUUCUUAGCUCAUAUGUCCACGUCUGCGACAUUUGGUACCAUCGUUGUGGAGUAUCUACUGGAGAGAAUAUCAGAGAUGGGAUCGAACAUUGAGCGAUCCAACUUGUAUCUGAAACUGUUCAAGAUGGUGUUUGGAUCUGUAUCUCUCUUUGCUGCAGAAAACGAACAAAUGUUGAAGCCACACCUCCACACAAUCGUCAACCAGUCUAUGGAGCUGGCCCUGUCGGCCAACGAACCGUUCAACUACUUCCUGUUGCUGAGAGCGCUGUUCCGGUCUAUCGGAGGAGGAUGUCAUGACUUGCUGUACCAGGAGUUCCUUCCCCUUCUUCCCAAUUUGUUACAGGGCUUGAACAGUCUCCAGAGUGGCUUGCACCGGCAGCAGAUCAAGGACCUGUUUGUGGAGCUGUGCCUCACCGUCCCCGUUCGACUCAGCUCCUUGCUGCCUUACCUCCCUAUGUUGAUGGAUCCGCUGGUCUCCGCCCUCAAUGGCUCGCAGACACUCAUUAACCAGGGCCUACGUACUCUGGAACUGUGUGUAGACAAUUUGCAACCAGACUUUCUCUAUGACCACAUCCAGCCAGUGAGAGCUGAGCUUAUGCAGGCUCUAUGGCGCACGCUGAAGAACCCUCAGGACGCAACAGCUGCUACUGCUUUCAGGGUCCUGGGAAAAUUUGGCGGAGGGAACAGGAAGAUGUUGAUGGAGCCUCAGAAGAUGCCUUAUAACAACAAAGAAACUGUUGGUCCUUGUGUCAACGUCCACUUCCAGGAGAGUAAAUCCCCCAUCUCAUUGCCUGUUGAAAAAGCUGUGGAAGCUGCUCUGACCACCCUGAAGAGUUCUUUGACUGAUUCAUUCCAUCCCCGUCAAGCUUACGACUUGAUCAGAUGCUUCCUAAUUUCUGUCAUGAAUCUCGAUGAUGAGAAACAGAUGAUGAUGCACUUGUUUUCACACCCAAGCUUCAAAGAGAAAGAGAUCAGCAGUCUACCAGCUCAGGGCUACAAGAACCCAGACUCGCACUCCAGACACGUCCACGAACAGGCUCUCACUGGGAUGUUUGUUGCUGCAGCGAUCAAGGACCUGCGUCCCACAGCCCUGCCCUUCAUGGCCUGCAUGGUGCGUCACUACACACUCAUCACGGUGGCACAGCAGUGUGGCCCGUUUCCCGUUGGAGACAAGCAGACAAAGCUCCAGGGGAUGGACACACAGAUCCUGGUGGAUGCGCUGACCACCAUCAUGGGCCACGAGGAAAAGGAGUUGUGCAAGCCUGGCAACGUCUCCCUCUGCAUCAUCAUCGACACUGCCACCUCCAUCCUUGGCUCUAAAGAAAGGGCGUGUCAGCUCCCACUGUUUGAGUACGUGGCCGAGCGCAUGUGUGACCUGUGCUAUCUGCGGGCGUGGUACUCCAAAUAUGGGGGAUGCCGAGCCAUCAAAUCCCUGUAUGAGCGCAUGAGCUUCAAGUGGGUGUUAGACCAUCAGUACAUGUUCCUCAAGGCUCUUCUCUUUGUCAUCAACGACCUCACGAUGGAGGUGUCGAGUGGGGCGGUGGAGCUGGCCCAGAAGUGUGUGGAGGAGAUGCUGAGGAUGUGCGCACGGCCGUUGGAGGGAGAGGAGGCCACGGAGGAGCUGGUGGCCGCCCAGAAAAAGUCGCUGAACGACGUGGCUCAAAAGCUCAUCCCACAGAUCACGUCCUCAAACAUGCUGGUCCGACAGCAGUGCAUGAAGUCCCUGAAGGUGCUCGCGGAAGUGACCAAGAAGUCGGUGACUGAGAUUAUGGCUCCUCACAAGGAGCUGCUGCAGCAGAUGGUUCCUCCCAAGAAACUCCUGCUCCGACACAUAGCCCUCAACUCGCAAAUCGGCAUCAUGGAAGGCUACACUUUCUGCGUGACCCUUGAACCGCGGCUGUUCAACUUUGACUCAAGUCAGGUGGAACAUGGUGUCUUCUUUCAUGAAGUGCUGAACAUCUGUGACGUUGAAGAUGCUGUUUUGAUGAAACAACCCUGUUACAAAAACGCAACCAACCUGGUUCCUCUCAAGAAAAGUGCACUGCGUGCUCUUGCUGCCUGCAAUCUGGUGCUGAACAAGAAAGAGAAGAUCUUCAAUACUUUGUACAAGGCCCUGAACAGUACUAAUUCAGAGAUUCAAGAAACUGCGCAUGAAUCUAUGGAAGUGCUCAUGAAGGGAUGCAAAAUUGAAGUGGAGAUGGCGUAUGCUUCCAUGAAGCCUCUGCUGUCUAUGCUGGGGGAUUAUCGGGGACUCAACCUCAGUGUCAUCAAAAGGCUGUCGUCGCUGGUGCAACUUUUCCCACACACCUUCAAUGAGAAGCUCUGCGAUUCUCUGCAGACCCACUUGAAGAGGUGGCUUGAGACAGCGGCUACCAACCAAAGCAAAGGUCAACCACGCCCGGCCGGACAAGUGCUGUCCAAUGAGGUCCAGCUGUGUGCGUCUAUCAUCAACAUCUUCCACCUGAUCCCGGCCGCCAGCAAGAACCUGAUAGAGCCACUGACGGCUCUGGUCCUGGCAGGGGAGAAGACUCUGCUCAUGGAGUCGAGCAGUCCGUUCCGUGCUCCGCUUAUGAAGUUCCAGCUACGCUAUCCAAGUCAAGUGGUCGACCUCUUUCUCUCGGAGAAUGCCCUCAAAGAUCAGAGAUGGUGCCGCUAUUUUGAGUAUUUGUUGCACCACAAAGACGGGAAACCAUUCUGUGAAGUGCUACAGAGUAACCCCAUGCGUCUGGUCAACAUGUUGUCAGGACAGUUACAGGCCACUGCCGCAAGCCCAAUUGCCAGCCCAUCCCCAGUGAGGACUGAACUCCAGUACCGGGCUGUCCGGCUGAUUGCCCUGCUGGUGAGGUUUGAUGAGAAGUGGCUGGCACAGCACACGCAGAUGCGACCUCUCCUGUUGUCCAUAUGGGUGUCUGAUGCUUUCUUGGAGAGGCACAAGGCUGUGGAUGCGUUGGACUAUGUGUACUGGAAAGAGCCAGCGCUCAUCCUCAAGUGUUUGCUGAAUUAUUUCAAACAACACACAGAUGACAUUGAGCUCUUGUUUCACAUCCUGCGCUGCUUCAUUAAUCGGUUCAUACCACAAUUUCAAUUUGUGAAGGAUUUUCUGGAUGACACCAUUGCCAAGACUUACAGUGCUGACUGGAAGAGGAAGGCUUUCUUCAAGUUUGUCACUGUUUUCCAUGACCAGAGUUGGCCACAGGAGCUCAAAGCUAAGAUCCUGCAGUACGUGCUGGUUCCUUGCUUUUUCAACUCGUUUGAGAAGGGAGAAGGUGACAAGCUCAUUGGCGGCCCCCCGGCCCCAGACCAGGACAGCGAGGACAACGUCAUCAGCGUCUUCAUCAACCGCGUCAUCGAUCCCGAGAACCCAUUCGGGACAUCAGACGCUGUGCGGAUCCUCUUGUUACAGUUCUCCUCAUUGCUGGUGGAGCAGGCAUCUUCCCACAUCCAUGACGCUGCCAACAAGAAACAAGGCAACAAGCUGCGACGCCUGAUGACUUUUGCUUGGCCGUGCCUAGUGGCCAAGAACUGUGUGGACCCGGCCACCAAGUACCACGGACAUCUCCUCCUGGCUCACAUCAUUGCCAAGUUUGCCAUUCACAAAAGAAUUGUUCUUCAGGUUUUCCACAGUCUCCUCAAGGCUCAUGCCCAUGAAGCUAAGAUGGUGGUCAGGCAAUCGCUGGAGUAUCUCACCCCGGCCAUGCCCGGCCGCAUGGAAGAUGGCAACGGAAUGCUGACCCACUGGACAAAGAAAAUCAUUGUGGAGGAAGGCCACAGCGUGGGACAGCUGGUGCAUAUUUUGCAUCUGGUGGUUUUCCACUACAAAGUCUACUACCCAGUGCGACAUAGUCUACAGCAGCAUAUGGUCAACUCGUUGCAGAGGCUCGGCUUCGCCCUAAGUGCAAGUCUCGAACAUCGCAAGCUGGCUGUCGACCUGGCUGAUAUCAUCAUCAAGUGGGAGCUGAUGAGGAUCAAAGAGGAGCAGGACAGCAAUGCAGAGCCACAGUCUCCUUUGCCGGAUGGGGCGUCCUCUUCAAGUGGGUCAUCAGGGUCUGGGCUAGUCACACAGGCUGCCGGGGUCAAACGUUCCAUGUCCUCUGUCAGCUCGCCACAGGAUCCAAAGAAAAGCAAAGUGGCUGGAUCUGGUGGGCGCAGUCAGUCUGAUGUGAACAAACCAAUCGACAAGCAGUACUGUGAUGCUGUGGCCAAUUUCCUGCUCCGAUUUGCCUGCCAGUGCCAUCCUUCCCCCUACAAGGUAAACGAGGCAGCAGGUGCAGUGGGCCACACCUCCCAGGGAGAAAUGUUGUCCAAACGCUGCGUGGCCCUGCUCAAGCUGGUGCUGCGUUCCGACGUCUGGCCCAACGUGGACCUCAAGCUGAGCUUCUUCGACAAGCUCCUCAGCAACGCCACAAACUCCCAGCCCAACAUCAGCAACAUUGUGGUGGCCUUAGAGCUUCUUGAGUUCUUGAUUGGAAUUAUGAAAAAAGAGAUGAUCCUGUCUAGCUUCCGUCCGCUGCAACGGGGCAUCUCUGUGUGCAUGAACUGCAACAACACCAAGGUGAUCCGUGCUGUGCACAAGCUCCUGAUGAGCCUGAUGAGUAUCUUCCCUACCGAGUCGGCCAACUGCACUGUGGCCUCCAAGUAUGAAGAGCUGGAAGCCCUCUAUGCCCACGUCAGCAAACUCAUCUAUGAGGGCCUCACCAACUACGACAAGAACAAUGGAGGCAGCCCAUCCCUGUUCAGCACUCUGAUGAUCUUGAAGUCUGCAUGUGAGAACAAUCAGUGCUACAUCGACCGACUCAUCACUAUCUUUAUGAAGGUUCUCACCAAAAUGACCCAAGAGCACCUCAAGACACAGGAGACGACAUCAGGGAACAGGACUGCACAGCCUGUACCAGAGACAGAAAAAGGAGGCUCAAGUGAGCUGCUCAUCCUGAGUUUGGACCUGGUCAAGAACCGUGUGGGUGUGAUGAGCCAGGAGAUGCGCAAGUCUUUCAUCGGCAACAUUCUGGCCGGUCUCAUUGAGCGCACAGGGGACUCCAAGGUCAUGAGAGCCAUCACCAAGAUGGUGGAGGACUGGAUCAAAAACAAGACAACGAUAGCCAUCAAUCAGUCCCCAUCCACAAGAGAGAAGUGCAUCCUUCUGUCCAAGCUGAUGAGCAACAUUGAGAGACGUUUCCCAGCAGACAUUGAGCUAAACUCACAGUUCCUAGAUCUUGUGCUCUUCAUUUACAGAGACAAAGAUUUGGAGCGUUCGGAUCUUACAACGAAGCUGGAGAAUGCUUUCUUGGCUGGGCUAAGGUGUAACCAGCCACAUAUCAGACAGAAGUUCUUGGAGACAAUGGAGAAGAGCAUUCCCCGCAAGACCUUUGACCGACUGCUGUACAUGGCCUGCUCCCAAAACUGGGAAAACAUGGGCACCUACUUCUGGGUAAAACAGGCUCUUGAGUUACUGCUGGGUGUGUCUGUGAAGAGCACCAUGAUCCAGAGCUCUUCCCCGAUGAACCUGCUGCCCAGUGUCUGCUCAGUCAUCUCCAUGGCUGACUCGCAGGACCGUGCUGACUUUGCUGCCAUCAUGAAGGUCAAGGAGGAGCCCAUGGAUGUGGAGAGUGUGGACUCGGCCCGGGAGGAGGAUGACAUGGAUCUUGAGCUGACAUCAGAGUCGGGAGAAGAGUCAACAUCGUCCAAGGCUCCAAAGAAAGAAACUGGUCAAAGCCUGAAAACCCUAAUCAACAGGGAGACCAAGUUCCUAGAGACUUGUCGAGAAGUGAAGACGUUCCAGUACCUGGACAGCCUCUGCCAGCUGGCCCACAGCUCCACUGACCUGGCUCACACCACCUGGCUUGACCUCUUCCCACGCAUCUGGAAGAUACUCAAUGAGAAGCAGCAGGAACGUCUCAGAAAAGAGCUGGUGCCUUUCUUGACCAGCGGCUCGCACGUGAACCAGAGAGACUGCCACCCCAGCGCUGUGCACACUUUGGUGGAGGGCAUAGCUCUGUGCGUGCCACCCAUACCCAUCAAGGCUUGCGGUCUCAAGUACCUGGCACGCACCCACAACCUGUGGCACAGAAGUUGUUUGCUGUUGGAGGCAGCUGCCUUUGAUGACCCUAACCCUAUCCCCGGCAUUGCCAGGCUCGCCGUCAACGAGUAUGACUUCGAACCCCAGCCGGCCGCGCCUCUACAGGAAACCAUGGACUGCCUGUGUGAGAUUUAUGCCCUCCUGAAGGAAGAGGAUAUGUUCUCAGGCUUGUGGCAGAAGAGAGCCAAGUACCCAGAGACCAACACAGCUCUUGCUUACAUGCAGCACGGCUUCUUUGAGCAGGCUCAGACCACGUUUGAAGGGGUUAUGUCCAAGAUCAGAAUGGACCACAACACAUCACCCACUCCGAGAGAAGGGUGGAUGGAGCUGAAACUUAUUGAAGAGUGCUGGAUCAAAUGCUCUAAGGAAAUGAACCAAUGGGAGACACUGCUAGAGUAUGCCAACUCCCGCGGCAAUGUGAUACCCGAGCUCAUCCUAGAGUGUGCGUGGAGGGUUCCCAACUGGCCCCUCAUGAAGGACGCUCUCGGCAGAGUGGAAGGCAACUUCAAACGAGAACAGCAGUGGAAAAUUAACCUGUUUCGAGGAUAUUUGGCCAUCUGCAACUCUGAGGAGCAUCAUCUCAACUCACAGCAGAUCGAGCGUUUGGUGGAGACUUGUGGGAACCAAGUGAUCAAGGAAUGGCGGCGACUCCCAAGCAUUGUGGGUCAGAUUCAUGUGCAAUAUUUACAGGCAGCUCAGAUGAUCAUGGAGCUUCAAGAGGCAGCUCAAAUCAACCAGAGUCUUCAGCCAGCCAGCAUAGCACGCAGCACCAGCGUGCACGACAUGAAGGCUAUCGUCAAGACUUGGAAGAAUCGGUUGCCAAUGAUAUCAGAUGACCUGUCUCACUGGAGUGACAUUUUCACGUGGAGACAGCAUCACUACCAAUUCAUCAUCUCUCACUUUGAGAACCAACAGAGCAGUGACAAUAACUCAAAUUCCAUGCUGGGAGUGCAUGCCACAGCCCAGUCCAUCAUCCACUUUGGCAAGAUUGCUCGCAAACAUGGUCUGGUUGGUGUGAGCCUCGACUCGCUAAGCAAGAUCCACAACAUCACAAGUGUCCCAGUCCUGGACUGUUUCCAGAAGGUUCGACAGCAGGUCAAGUGCUACAUGCACAUGGGCACCUCACUCAACAAGAGCGAAUUCACUGAGGGCCUGGACGUAAUUGAAGUGACCAACCUCAAGUUCUUCACCAAGGAGAUGAUGGCAGAGCUCUACGCCAUGAAGGGAUACUUCCUGCAGCACCUCAGCCGCUCGGAGGAGGCCAACAAGGUGUUCUCGGCCGCUGUGCAGCUCCAUGACUGUCUGGUCAACGCUUGGGCACUGUGGGGUGACUACCUAGAGACCAUCUUCACCCGUGACAGAGUGAUGGAGACUGGGGAAGGAGCCACCAUCUGCUACCUGCACGCCUGCCGCUCGGCCAUCGAGGGCCGCACCAGGAAGUACCUGGCUAAGGCCAUCUGGCUGCUGACGUACGAUGAUGAGAACCUGACCAUCGCGACCACAUUGGACAAGCACCACCAGGGGAUUCCGGCCAUCCAGUGGUUGCCAUGGAUCCCCCAGCUGUUAACCUGCCUGGUGAGGAAGGAGGGAAAGCUGAUCAUGAACGUACUGACCACCAUCGGGCGUAUGUACCCGCAGGCCGUCUACUUCCCCAUCCGCACGCUCUACUUCACCCUCAAACUGGAGCAGCGAGAGAGACACAAGAAAGCCGGCAUCGACCCCUCCCGCACGGCCACAGCAACCACCACAGGUUCGACCAAUGCACCAUCUGGCUCCACACCAGCCACCAAUGCCGAUACAUCAGUGUCUUCUUCGUUGUCAUCUUCUGGAGCUCCAGGUGCUGCCCCUCCCACCCCAUCAGCCAGUAGCCCCAGUGUAGGGGAGGGGCUUCUCACCUCAUUGGCUGCAGGCUCUGUGUCAGAUUUCCUGUCAAGUUCCACCAGCGGCUCCAGUACCCCCCAGGCGGCCAGCACCACCCCUGGCCAGAACUCGGCCCCUCAGAACAAAGCCGGCUUGUCCAGCAGCAACUCGGAGUCAGGGCCAAUCAAGGCGCCGGAGCCCAUGUGGAGGUGUUCCAAGAUCAUGUCCAUUCAGAGGGACGUCCACCCCACUGUUCUGUCCACUCUGGAGGUCAUUGUUGACCAGAUGGUGUGGUUCCGAGAAAACUGGUAUGAGGAAGUCCUCAGACAGCUCCGACAAGGCCUGGAGAAGUGUUACGGUGUGGCUUUUGAGAACAGAGCAUCAGUGACAGACGCCACCAUCACCCCCCACACCCUGGGCUUCAUCAAGAAGCUUGUGAGCACGUUUGGCGUGGGCCUGGAGAACGUCAACUCUACCUCCUCCAGCCUGUGUGGGGCAGCCUCUGAGUCCUUGGCCCACCGAGCUCAGGCCACGGCACAGGACCCUGUCUUCCAGAAGAUGAAGAGCCAGUUCACCACUGACUUUGAUUUCAGUGUCCCUGGCUCCACAAAACUUCACAAUCUGAUCAACAAGUUGAAGAAGUGGAUCAAGAUCCUUGAAGCUAAGACAAAGCUGUUUCCAAAGUCCUUCUUGAUCGAGGAAAAAUGCAGUGUGCUGAGUAACUUCACUGCCAACACGGCGGAGAUUGAAAUGCCUGGAGAGUUUCUCCUGCCUAAGCACAACCACUACUAUGUUCGCAUCGCCCGUUUCAUGCCUCGAGUGGAGAUAGUUCAGAAGCAUAACACGGCAGCCAGACGCCUAUACAUCAGAGGGCAGAACGGAAAAGAGUACCCGUAUCUGGUUGUGAAUGACGGUUGUUUGAUCGAGUCGAGACGAGAGGAGAGAACUUUGCAGCUUCUUAGGAUGUUGAAUCAAUUCUUGACGAAACAAAAGGAAACAAGUCGUCGUCUACUGUAUUUCACCGUUCCUCGAGUGUUGUCGGUGUCACCACAGCUCAGACUUAUCGAGGACAACCCAGCGUCUGUGUCACUGCUGGACAUCUACAAACAGCGCACCAACAAGCGCGGUAUUGAGCCUGACGCACCGAUCGCCCGAUACUACGAGCGGCUGGCCACAGUCCAGGCCCGCGGCUCCCAGGCUUCCCACCAGGUACUGCGGGAGAUCCUGAAGGAGGUCCAGACCAACAUGGUGCCCCGGGGUCUCCUCAAGGAGUGGGCUCUCAACACUUUCCUGGAUGCCACCGAUUACUGGACCUUCCGUAAAACGUUGACCAUCCAGCUGGCUUUGAUGGGACUGGCAGAGUUUGUGCUGCAUCUGACCCGCAUGAACCCAGACCAAAUGUACCUGCACCAGGACUGUGGAUAUCUCAGUAUCUCCUUCUUCAAGUUUGAUGUCGAUGAUCAGACAGGUGACCUUGACGCUAACCGCCCCGUUCCGUUCCGUCUGACCCCAAACAUUGCUGAGUUCCUGACCCAGACCGGUGUGACGGGCCCGCUGACCGCUGCUAUGGUGGCCACAGCCCGCUGCCUGGUCCAGCCCCAGUACAAGCUGCCCUCUUUCCUGAGGACCAUCCUGAGGGACGAGUACAUCUCCUGGCACAAGAAGAAAAUGGAAGAGUUGACCCCGACUGACGAGCCCCCAGACAUGGAAGGAGAACAGCUGGUGACCCUGGUGAACAAGGCCGUCUCCGCCAUCACCACCAGAGUGCAAAAUCUGGCGUCAUUUGAAGGUGCGGACAGCCGCGUCAGUACUCUGGUCACCGCGGCAACCAACACAGACAACCUGUGUCGCAUGGACCCUGCCUGGCACCCCUGGCUGUAGUCAUGCAAUGAUGCCGGAGGCAGGAACAACUGCAGCAAAAACCUUUUCUUUAUUUUAGUUCUAUUCUUUUUUUUUCGUUAAUGUAUUGUUGUUGUUUUUUUCUGUUGUCUGAUUUAUAUAACAAUCAGGUGUUUCAUUUUUGUACUGAGCUUGAUGCUCCAUCUAAUAAAUGUCCUUGGUUCAGUCCACCACUCUUUGUAAAUGGAAUUGUUUCCUGUAGUGUCAAUAAGAUUGUAGAGUAUGAAAAAGGAAGUUCUUUUGGAACUUGGAAAUGUACAAAAUACAAACCCAUUAUGUUAAUAUUGACAUGUACAGUUUCUUUUGAUGAGGUCAAGGGUUGAUUUUUUCUGAAGUUGGAAUUUCAGGAAGAGGCAGACAUUUUAAAAUUAGAUUUUCCGUUCAUUGCAUUUUAUUAGCAGAUUUUUAUAGGGAUGAGUUCAGUCAGUUACAUAACUGUGUGUACAUGAGUUUGUGAGUUUUAAAAAUUAUUUCUUAAUUGAUGGUUCAUCUUUUCAGUCAAAAUGAAAAGAAGAGAUUAUGGUUUGCGGUGAUUGAGUCCUGUCUAAAGACAGCCAAGUUUUUUUGUAACAAAAUUUGGGGGACUGAAAAGUAAUGGAAUCAUGAAGUAAUAAUGACAAAGAGUAUGAGGUUUCUCAGCAGUGGCCUUUUCACCCUUACCUUCUUUCUUUCUGUCCAACUGAGAGUAACACAGGUCAGUGGAAGGGCUCAUCUCUUCGACUUUGCUUUCUACAAAAGUACAAAUAACCUGCAUUUCUGUAAGUGUGUUGAUGUCUAGGUCAAUGUAAAAUCUAAAUGGGAUUCGGUUGUGGGGACCAAAUAGUUUAUUUUUCUAUUAAUGCUGUGCUGGUACAUGUGUGGAAGAUGUGGAUGAAAGGAUUGUACGAGACUUGGAUCACACCAGGUGAGAAAAUUGAUUGUCUGAAAUUCAGAAGAGUAUGCAGAUUUCAUUGAGGUAUUGGCAUAUUGUAUUAUGAAAAGGAGUGUGUUAUUAUAAGAAAAGUGGUUGAAAGAGAGGGAGGAAAAUGUGAAAGAGAGAAAGUGACGUGGAGAGAAAGCAAAUCUUGCAGUUCUUGCUUGUCCCAACUUUGCACUUUUAACAACUACUAAGAUAUUGGCCAUUGAAAUCCUUGUGGUGGCUUUAGUAUUACGUGUGGAAAGAACUUUGAUUGUAUAUAUGGUGCUUUUAUUUUUUCACUACUGCAUUGAAAACGCUGUCUAAGUGUAGAUUUCUUAAAACUGUUCUUAGUCUUAGUUUCUAGGUCUAAAAUUUUUAGGAAUAUGAAAUGUAUAAUAAGUAUAUGGUUGCAAACGUGUGCUCAAAGUGUUCCUAUUCAAAGGGAUCUGUCUUAGUUCUAUUUGGCACCAUUAAUUUCCUGUAGUUUUUUUUCUUGUGUUCUUUGGGAGGGGGGGGGGAGCAAAGGGAAGAUCUAGAUCUGUGGUUGUUAAUGGUUAUGUCAGCUGUUGCUUAAACCACGUUUUUUUAAUUAGAUAUUGUCAUUUCUAUUUGGGGACUGUUCUUUUGUUGUCAACUGCAAUUAUAAAGUGUUCUGGUAUAGGCUGUUCACUCAAGAUAUCGUGGCUUUUAGGGACAGCCUAAAUCUACAUAAGUUUCCAUUUGUCUUUUCCGGUCAGUAUUUAUUUUCUCCGAGUCACACCUAAGGGCACUUUUUCACUGGACAAAGGGGCCUUUUCUGUCUUAAUAAAUAGCGGAGGCAAAUAAUUACAUAUAAUAUCAUUAGGUGAGUAAAGUGCUCACGACGAUGUCUUUCAUGGUCUGACCCAUGUUUGUGACAAAGCAAAAUGUUUCUAUUUCUCGUGCUCUUACAAUAAGUACAAAUGUUGUUUACCUACUGCCUAGAUAGGUUAAAUAACACAAUAAAUCACCUCAGAAUUGUAAUUCAUUUACAAAGACAAAGAGAUAACAUUCUUGUUAAGUGCCAGAUAGGUACCAUUUUCUGUGAGCUGUCGCUCAGAUACAUUUUAUUGAAAUAAGCAUACUGUCAAAAUUUUGAAUAAAUGAAUUAGUGUAUUCUAUCAAAUUAUUAGUAUUAGCAGUAAUUAUUUUGUUUUUCAAAUGGGUGGUCUAUGUAGUGUUUAUAAUUGAAUACAUUUUGCUAUUAUUUUCUUAAAGCAUACUUUUGUACAAACUUGUUUUAGAAAAAUAUUAAUGUUAUAGACCCCGAUACACUGUUGCUUUUCUUAAGAGUUGUUAAACUUUGAUCCUCAUUGUGUGUAGAUUGCCACUAAUUCCAUUACUGCCGUUACUAAUUCUGUGGGUGUAAAAAUAUGCACAGUACAUUUGUAAGUAAGAUCAUUUCAUCAUCAUUCUAUCAGAACUUUUUAUGUACAUUCCGCAUUCGUCCCUUCUUAUUCUCAUUUCAGUGUUCAUUCAUGCAAUCAUUGAUAUUUUUCAAUAAAAGUCAAACAAUAAA